GAUCCCUCCUGUGCUUCCACUCAUAUUAAAUAAUAAAAACUUCAAAUUUACUGGUCACAUCGCUGUUGAUGACUACAUUACACUCCAAUUCAAUGACAGGAGAAAAGAAUAUCAGGGGCAAAAUGGAUCCACCUAAUGGUUUGAAUCGACCAUUGGACAUUGUGCCAAAUACUGAUGAGAAGAUGAAGGACAGAGGCCAGUGGAGCAACAAGCUGGAGUUUGUGCUCUCUGUAGCUGGAGAAAUUAUUGGACUAGGCAAUGUGUGGCGCUUCCCUUACCUCUGUUAUAAAAAUGGAGGAGGUGCUUUCUUCAUCCCUUACCUAAUCUUUCUCGCCACUUGUGGAAUCCCUGUGUUCUUUCUCGAGACAGCGCUGGGUCAGUACACCAGUGAGGGAGGAGUUACCUGCUGGAGGAAAAUCAGCCCAUUGUUUGAAGGCAUUGGUUAUGCCACCCAAGUCAUAGUAGCCUUGUUGAAUAUCUACUACAUAAUCGUUUUGGCCUGGGGGAUCUUUUAUCUGUCCUUCUCCUUCUCUUGGGACCUGCCAUGGUCCUCCUGCAACAACACCUGGAACACAGAUGAAUGCGUGGAAUUUCACCGAAGAAAUGAUUCUAUAGACCAGUGUCAUCUGGAGAAUGCAACUUCCCCAGUUAUUGAAUUUUGGGAGAGAAGAGUCUUACGGAUCUCCUCAGGUAUCGAUGAGAUUGGAGAGCUGCACUGGGACAUGGCCCUCUGCCUGCUUCUUGCUUGGAUCCUUUGUUACUUCUGCAUUUGGAAGGGUGUCAAGUCCACUGGGAAGGUUGUUUAUUUCACUGCAACCUUCCCAUAUGUUAUGCUGCUGAUUCUGCUAAUCAGAGGGAUUACUUUGCCAGGGGCAUCACGAGGCAUCCAGUUUUAUCUUUACCCAGACCUCGGACGUCUGGCAGACCCACAGGUAUGGAUGGAUGCAGGAACGCAAAUUUUCUUCUCUUAUGCUAUUUGUCUGGGCUGCUUGACAGCACUGGGCAGCUACAAUAAAUACAACAACAACUGCUACAGAGAUUGCGUGGCUUUAUGCUUCCUGAACAGUGGUACAAGUUUUGUAGCUGGAUUUGCUAUUUUUUCUAUCCUGGGUUUCAUGUCUUUCGAGCAGAAUGUCCCUAUUUCAGAAGUAGCAGAAUCAGGCCCUGGAUUGGCUUUUAUUGCUUAUCCACGUGCGGUUUCCAUGAUGCCUUUCUCUCCUCUAUGGGCCUGUUUCUUCUUCAUUAUGAUUGUGCUGCUCGGCCUGGACAGUCAGUUUGUCUGUGUGGAGAGUCUGGUGACGGCGAUAGUUGACAUGUACCCAUCAGUGUUCCGUCGUAAAAACCGUCGAGAACUCCUCAUCCUUGCUGUGGCCUUCCUUUCCUUUCUCAUGGGAUUGAUCAUGCUGACAGAGGGUGGAAUGUAUGUCUUCCAGCUGUUUGACUACUAUGCAGCAAGUGGGAUGUGCCUCCUCUUUGUUGGCAUUUUUGAGACUAUAUGCAUUGCCUGGAUUUAUGGUGCUGAUCGUUUUUAUGACAAUAUUGAGGACAUGAUUGGUUAUCGACCUGGACCUUACAUUAAGUACUGCUGGUUGUUCCUGACUCCAGCCACCUGUUUUGGCACCUUUGCUUUCUCUUUGAUCAAAUAUACCCCACUGAAAUACAACAAUGAGUAUGUGUAUCCAUGGUGGGGUUAUGCACUGGGCUGGCUUCUAGCUUUGUCGUCCAUGGUCUGUAUCCCUCUAUGGAUCGUGUAUAAGAUGGGCACUGUGGAAGGAACACUGAGAGAGAGAUUCCAUGAGCUGACCACACCAUCCCCUGAUCUGCCCAUAACACGACAGGAGCAGGAGAAACUACAGGUUAUCUUUGCUGCUGAUAGGGAAGGUGUUCCCCUGAGAAAAGCUUCUACCAAGGCUGGAUACUUUCCUGUCAGUGAGAAGGAAUCGCAAUGCUGAAUUAUUUAAUGGCAAGAGACACUAUGGACCACUAUUUUUCUGUAAAAGUGGUCCUUGGAACCCUUACAUUAAUACCUCACACUGCUGACGACAGUCAAAUAGUACCAAACAGAGCGGAUGUGAAAUCCGGAUCUUAGAAAAGGCUAUGUCGCCCUCUAUGGGCACCUUUUUGAUUGACAUCUAUUUUCUCCAGAGGUGUGGGCCAUUUUCCUGUUAAUCCACUGCAUCGACUGCAAACCUGAACAGGAUAAAUCAGUUACUGAAGAUGAAAGAAUGAAUAAAGGUUGCCUACUACUUUUAGAUUUAAACCUGGGUAGAGGGAUGCGGGGCAUUGAGUUAUUGACAAAGACUGAAUGUGGUUCAACAUUUUCCAUAUUUUUUGGUAGAUAUAUUUUUUUAGGGGGUAUUUCCCCCUUUUUCUAGCACUGUCUAUAUUUUGGAGUCUGGCUGUUUAGCAUAAUUGGUUGUUCCUAAAAAUGUGUAAUAAAAUAGACACGUAUCCGCCACAAAUUGUGUCAUAAACUGACAAGAUUUUGUAUUAAUUAUAUUAUAUAUAAUAUACCAUUUCAUUUCAAUGCAGAAUUCAAUAUUGUUGCCAAAUUUAACAUAGGUCUAGGUAUGUGUGGCUGUGUUUUAUUAUUAUUGCAUGUUAAACCACUACACAAUCUAUUUGUGUCUUUAUAAUUGGAACUCACUGUACAGUAGGAGUUCACUAAAGGACAGAAAGUUUUAUGAUAUUUCAAAUUGAACAUAAAAACACAAUGGAAUUCACCCACACGAUUGUGCUGGAAUUGGCAUAAAUGACCCAAAUGGCCAGUCAUCAUUUUAUUUUCAAUUUGUAUAUCCCAGAAUUUUCCCAGGGAUACAGAUUUACACAAUACAGUGCAGUCCACUUUAGAACACAAAAUAUGUUGUGGUACUUGUAAUUAGUAAUAUAAGUGCAAUCUUAUUACAUGAGCAAAGUUGUAAACUGAACAAACCAGACACUAAUUGAUUAUUCAUUUAUUAAUGAACAAUUAAUUGUUAAUUAAACUAUUAAUUCUAAGCCACAAAUCUUCAAUAAAACAAGUUGCAUACUCUGAAAAUAAGAAUACAGCCUAGCCUAGUCUAACAUUAUUAUUAUUAUUAUUAUUAUUAUUAUUAUUAUUAUUAUUAUUAGCCUACUUUCUGGUGAAAAGAUAUGCCGAAUGUACUGAAAUGAAUGUUUUUGCUUAAAUCAUUAAUUGUUGUGGGGUACCAUGUACUAUAAUUUGUAUAAUUCCAUGAAACUACCGAACUGUUGUUCUCCCUCUUUCCCUUCAGUAUUUGUAUUAUCAAUAUCUUGUACUGUUGUAUAGUAUUAUCUGUCAUUAUUAUUAGAAUGAUAUUGAAAAUAGAUGAACUUUUUUUUUUUUUAAGUAUAUUGGGUUUUUGUAUGGAAAUGCAACUAUUUAGCUAAUUGGUUGUCUAAUUAUUCAAUAAUCAGUGUUGAUACUUGUACACUUCCAUUAUUCUUGUUGAAAUGCGAAGAAACAUGAUGAAGCAUGCCCAGUCUACAUGUAUAUAAUAUGUACAGGAUGGUUACAUUUACAUCACAUUUACAUUUUGUAUAUUCCAUUUCCUGUUAAUGAGUCUGAAGUACCCCAAUUAAAUCCAUUUAAUUCCUUAUUUGACUCCUUUUUGUGACUGUAAUAUACUGCAGA